UCCGGAUAGCCGGCUCCGCUGGGCCCCUGGGUGCAGGCCCCUGCGCAGGCCGAGAACCCGGCUUCUGCGCGGCCUCGCUCUGAGUCUUCGGCGGCUCCCGAGCCUCGCCGAGUGCCUGUCUGGUGGAGCCUCAGGACGUGCAGGGUGGCCACUGCAGCAGAUGCGGAUAGACCUGAAAAGAUGAAGAGUAGAAUCCCAGUCAUACUCCUCGCCUGUGGCUCUUUCAACCCCAUCACCAACAAGCACCUGCGCUUAUUUGAGGUGGCCCGAGAUCACUUACACCAAACAGGAAUGUACCAGGUGAUGGGGGGUAUCAUCUCACCUGUCAAUGACAAGUAUGGGAAGAAGGACCUCGCAGCUGCCCACCACCGAGUGGCCAUGGCCCAGCUGGCUCUGCAGACAUCAGACUGGAUCCGGGUGGACCCCUGGGAGAGUGAGCAGGCACAGUGGACGGAGACAGUGAAGGUGCUGAGGCAUCAUCACAACCAGCUGCUCGGAUCUCUGCCCCAGAAGGAAGGCCCAGACCAUGGAAGGACUCACUCUCCAGACCCCACAGCCGUGCCCGAGCUGAAGUUCCUCUGCGGGGCUGAUGUCCUGAAGACCUUCCAGACCCCUGGCCUCUGGAAAGAAGCGCACAUCCAGGAAAUCGUGGAGAAGUUCGGCAUCGUGUGCGUGGGCCGGGCAGGUCACGAUCCCAAGGGCUACAUCUCGGGCUCACCCAUCUUGAGGAGAUUCCAGCACAACAUUCACCUGGCCAGGGAGCCGGUGCAGAAUGACAUCAGCGCCACCUACAUCCGGGAGGCCCUGGGCCACGGGCACAGUGUGAAAUACCUGAUCCCUGACGCAGUCAUCGCCUACAUCCGGGACCACAACCUCUACACCAGGGACGGUUCCUGAAAAGCCGGGGUGCGCAGAGGAAUGACAGAGAGGGAGCCGGAAGGGUCAGCCGUUCCCCCGGGGUCCCCUGGGAAGGGGGCUGCAAAGACCUUUGUUUUCCUGCAUUUCUUGCUUUUCCGUGAUUUGUUUCCUUUUAGGCAAUGAUCACUCACUUUCAACCCCUCUUUCUUCAGAGGAGCGCUCUGUCUCAGGAAUACGCCUUCUUUCAGGAGGUGGCAGUGUCUACGUCGCCACGGAUGGACAUUCAUCAAAUGGGUUAAGACCGGUGGCAGGUCAUUGAGGUUAGGCAAAAGCUCUCAGAACCUCUGGACAGGGAAACCUUAUUAUCGUGUAAAUGGUAAUGGUGAGUGCAGAGAAGGCGGUUGUGAGUAUAGCAGGUGCCCCCCAGGGUCAGGCCAGAACUGCCCACAAUGCACUUUUUAACUAGGACCAGCUGCAGAGUGCUGGUCUUGAUUGGAGAGACCUGACAGGGUGCUAAUUACAGAACAGUGGGCUUUGUCAACGCCUUGUUUCAAACAAAACAAUCCUAAUUGAGGAGUCAAAAUUUUGGAGGUAGCACUUUGCUGAUUUACAAUCAGUCGUCCCUCAUGGACCAUUGUCUACUGCCUGCUGGCAGAGAAUAAAAUCAAAACUGAACUCUGAGGCACGAUGUUCAAACAAUAUUUUUGAUACUGCAGAUAUUUUUUUAACCAGCUUUUGUACAGGAAUCCUGGUUUCUAGUCUUGUAAAAAGAAAUUGAGGUAGAGCAGAUGCCUUGACUAUGUUAAAGGAUCUUUUUGAAUAUUUUAUUACUGCCUGCCUGUUUGAAUAU